AUGGCUUUUCCCUUAAACCGCGUUAGAUCGGCUUCGCUAUUCUUCACUCUAACAUUCCUCUCCAUCUUCGCCGUAAAAUCACUCGCCGGAGAAUUACGACCGUCCGAUCAUGGCUUACAGUACCAAUUCACCUCACCACCGACUGAAUCUCAAUCUAACUCACCGCCGGGAAAUAUGAAGUCCUUCUUCGGAAACUCUCGUUCUUCACCUCCUCCUUCUCCUUCUGAUCAGCUCCUCCCUAAAGCUACGGCGGCAGACGGCAGUGACGGAGACGAUUCGUGGUGGCGAGACGGAGCUGGGAACAGAAGAGAUCACGUGAUGAGACACGUGUUUUUAGCUGCGAGUAUAAUCUGCGGUGUCUCCGGCGUUGCGCUUCUUGUGGUUUUCACUUUGGUUUACUUCUUUAGGUAUCGGAAACAUUAA